AAUUAAAAAAUAAAUAAAAAAGAAAGAGAGAGAGAGAGAGAGAGAUGAGUAGAAGAGGAGAGACUGGGAUCGGAAUCGCCGAUCACGAAGCGGAGGGGGCGACGGCGCCUUCUCCGGCGGAGGUGGGGAUGAGGAAGAAGGAGAUCGGUGGGGAGGCGGAGGAGGAGAUGUCGGUGGAAAAGGCGUUCGAAGGGGAGAGAGUGCCGACUUGGAGGGAGCAACUGACGGUGAGGGCGCUGGUGGUGAGCUUCUUCAUGUCGGUGAUGUUCAGCGUGAUUGUCAUGAAGCUGAAUCUCACCACCGGGAUCAUCCCCUCCCUCAACGUCUCGGCUGGUCUUCUCGGCUUCUUCUUCGUCAAGUCCUGGACCAAGCUCCUCGAGAAGAGUGGGUUUCUCAAGCAGCCUUUCACUCGCCAGGAGAACACCGUCAUCCAGACCUGCGUCGUCGCCGCCUACGGCAUCGCCUUCAGCGGUGGGUUUGGAAGCUACAUCUUUGGCAUGAGUGAUAGGGUUGCAAGCCAAACAACCGAGUUAAAUGAUCCACAGAACACAAAAAAUCCUCAAAUAGGAUGGUUAAUUGGGUUUCUGUUUCUCGUAAGCUUCCUUGGGCUCUUCUCUCUGGUCCCCCUAAGAAAGGUCAUGAUUAUAGACUACAAGUUGAUAUAUCCUAGUGGUACAGCUACUGCUCAUCUUAUCAACAGCUUUCACACCCCAGAAGGAGCCAAGCUAGCAAAGAAACAAGUGAAGGCCCUGGGCAAGUUUUUUGUCGGAAGUUUCUUGUGGGGAUUUUUCCAAUGGUUCUACACAGCUGGUGAUGACUGUGGAUUCCAAUCCUUCCCUUCCUUAGGUCUUAAAGCUUACAAAAACAAGUUUUUCUUUGACUUUUCUGCAACUUAUGUUGGUGUUGGAAUGAUUUGUCCAUACAUUGUCAAUAUAUCUAUCCUUCUGGGAGGAAUUCUGUCGUGGGGGGUAAUGUGGCCUCUGAUAGGUGAUAAAAAGGGGAGCUGGUACCCUGCAACGCUCAUAGAUAGCAAUCUCCAUGGUUUACAAGGUUACAGAGUUUUCAUUUCCAUUGCUUUGAUCCUUGGUGAUGGUCUCUACAACUUUGUCAAAGUUCUAUGCCGAACAAUCCCUGUUAUCAUUGCCAAUGCUAGGAAAGGCCCUGCAACAACACUACCAAUUUCAGAAAAUGGCACCCCAACUACUACCGACGCAGUUGGUACCUUUGAUGAACAACGACGGAUUGAAAUGUUCCUCCGGGGCCAGAUACCAAAGAAGGUUGCAUUUGUAGGCUAUGUUGCCGCUGCGUUCAUUGCCAUCUUCACCCUCCCUCACAUCUUCCCACCACUCAAAUGGUACUACAUCGUAGUAGUCUACAUUUUAGCACCAGCACUUGCUUUCUGCAAUGCUUACGGUUGUGGUCUCACCGACUGGUCCCUCGCCUCCACCUAUGGCAAGCUUGCCAUCUUCACCAUUGGCGCAUGGGUGGGUGCCUCUCAUGGAGGUGUCCUUGCCGGCCUUGCAGCCUGCGGAGUAAUGAUGAGCAUUGUAUCAACUGCUUCUGAUCUCAUGCAGGAUUUCAAGACCGGUUAUCUCACUUUAGCUUCUCCAAGGUCCAUGUUUAUCAGCCAAGUGAUUGGCACUGCCAUGGGAUGCAUUAUCUCUCCUUGUGUCUUCUGGCUCUUCUACAAAGCUUUUAAGGACCUCGGCGAGACUGGAAGCCAGUACCCUGCUCCAUUCGGUGUUGUUUAUCGUAACAUGGCCAUACUUGGUGUUGAUGGCUUUGGCUCACUGCCCAAGCACUGCCUCACUCUUUGCUAUGUCUUCUUUGCCGCUGCCAUUGUCAUAUGCUUGAUCAGAGAUUUUGUGCCAAAGAAGUUUGCUGGUUAUAUUCCACUUCCAAUGGCAAUGGCCAUUCCAUUCUACCUUGGUCCAUACUUUGCCAUUGACAUGUGUGUCGGAAGCUUCAUACUCUUCGUCUGGGAGCUUGUGGAUAAGAAGAAAGCCGAUGCCUUUGGAUCUGCCGUCGCAUCUGGUCUAAUUUGCGGCGAUGGAAUUUGGGUUCUUCCUCAGUCUAUCCUUGCUCUGGCAGGAGUGCAGCCACCAAUUUGCAUGAAGUUUUUGGGCAGGAAGAUGAAUGAUAAGGUUGAUACUUACAUUGCAGGUCUGUCCUAAUAUUAUUAAUCCACAAUGACAGCAACCACAAUGAUCUCUUUGUGAAGAAAGAAAGGAAUGGAUUGUGGGUGUAUAAGUAUUUUUUAAGUGAUUAGUUUGAGUGUGGUUUAUGUUGGAUGAUUUGUUUCAGUUUCAAGCUUGCUUGCGUUCAGAUGCUUCUUGAUUAAGAUGUACAUAAGCUUUAACUUAUUGGAAAAAUAAGUCAUUUAGUUUAA